CAAACCAUGACAGAAACACCUGUUGAUUACAUUAUAUGUAGGGGGUCAGGUUAAGGUAACAGGUAGAUGUAGUAUAUACAAUAAAUAACGACUUUAGCACGGUUUAGUAAAUCUGUCGAUAGUCAACAUAUGGUCAGCCAUACACAGUGUAAUGACCCAAACAGUCCGUAUUGUGGAAUGUAGUGAAAAACCCAACAAUAUCGGAGGAUGUGUCUGAUAAUUCAUUGAUAUGAAAGGAGGAGUUAUACCACAAACUGACUGAUUUUCGACAACAGUGAAGGAAAUGGGCACAUAUCUGCUGUUAGGUUUGAGUAUGAUCCUAAUACCAAACAGUUUAGCAUCGCAUACGACAUCCGCUUGGAAUUACGGCGUAAUGUUUGACGCCGGUAGUUCGAGUUCAAAGUUGAAGAUUUACAAAUGGCCGACUCGAUUGUCAACUGCCGACGCAUUUGACAUGGACCUUAUGUACACUCAGCGGUUUAAGCCAGGGAUCAGUGACUACGUUUACCAUCCUGAUGAUAUUCCUGGUUAUCUCGGGAAAAUAUUAAACAAAGCUAAGUCAAUAGUACCAGUAACGCUACAUCAUUCUACGCCAUUGUUCAUGAUGGCUACAGCGGGUUUACGUGUGCUACCGGAAAGCGACGCCAUUGCCCUGAUGACGUCAGCACGACAAUACCUAGGUAACGCCUCCGUUAAUCCGUUUACGUACAGCCCACACACGGUGAGGAUCCUGUCGGGAGAAGAGGAGGGGGCCUACGGCUGGAUCGCAGCAAAUUACCUCAGGAAUUUCUUCGGCUCAAAUAAACCGCCAUCACAAGCCGUCGGUGUACUGGAGAUGGGAGGUGGAUCAACCCAGAUCACCUUCGUGCCAGAUGGUCCGAUACUCGCCAAUAUGUUCCCAGUGCGCAUGGCCGGGGUGACGUAUUACCUGUACGCACAUAGUUACCUUUAUUAUGGACAAACUUACAUGGCAUACAGGAUACGGCGCUACCUUGAAGAGGAAAGUCCACUGGACACAGAACUGUAUAACCCGUGCAUGCUGAGGGGAGACAACGUGUCUUACAGCAGUGACGACGGAACCACUGUGAUUUUAAGGGGAGACAGUAACCCCACAAAGUGCCUUGAGAUUCUUAAUAGCUUCCUCCAAAGUGCCGAAGAAAACUCGUGUUAUCCAAAACCAUGCGCCAUUGGUCAAAUCUACCAGCCGUCGCUGGGGACAGACACGUUCUUCGCCAUAUCUGCAUACGUAUACGCCCCCACUACGUUACGGGCGCUUGAUCCAUUCGGAAGGCUAAAAAUUAAGGCUAUGAAUACUUCAGCCCAUCAGUACUGCCGAAUGACUUUAGCUCAAGCUAUAAAUGCAACCGGAACUGCGGCAGAGUAUGCUUCCGGUUAUUGCAUGAUGGGACUUUACAUUCCUUCUUUAUUAACAUCAUCCUAUGGUUUUCCUUCAAGCACAAAUAGAAUACAAGUAGCUGACAAAAUAAAUGGCGAAUCUGUAGAUUGGGCUCUAGGCGCCGUAUUAUACGAACUUGAACAAAUAGACUAUUACAACUGGUUAGAGACGUGUGGCGAAGUGUCCGGAGGCCAGAGACCAGUGGUCAGCCUCGUUGUCUGGGUGUUGUUAGGGAUGGUGACUUUCUAUAUAAGAAAUCUUACAAAUGUUUUGUGAUGAUUGCAACUCAGAUUUAGUUAAUCUUCAGGAAUCAUACAUCUGGUAAUAUCAUCUACAAUUUCAUCAACAAAAUCAUCGACACACGUGCGAUCAUCGUCUGUAUUCUAUGCGUUCUCGAAGAAACCACGAUUUACAAUAUUGCAUCUGUGGUCUGCUUCAAGUAUACGGUGUGAAGCAAAAACAACAUGUCUAUUCUAUGGUCGGAGUGGAGCAGCUCCUUAUUGACAAGUAACUGACAUGGAAGAUGUCAAUGCGUUCGUUCGUAGGGACAUUUUUCUUGCAAUAAUAUUUCAAACACGUGCAUCUGAGAUUCUGAAGCGAAAGUCGGCGAUAUGUCGUUGAUCCUUCACUGAAGAAUAGCGUCAGUUUACGACGGUAAAAAAUGAAAAUGACGUCACUUAAAAGUAAUGUACUUAUGAGUUAUUUUUAACCAUACACAGUGAUAAAACGCAGUACACAUGUUUCACCAAUAUCCGAUGUGUUUUGUACAUGUAUCACUGUAACUUUAGGUCAAUGAACAUGUAUUGUUAUGUUUUUGAUUAAGUUUAAACGUACUGUAUACUGAAUAACAUGAGGUGAUAAAAUGAGUGUAUUUCUUUAGAACGUGUGUAUUUGUAGAUCUGAAUGUAGAUUGUGAUGAAAGUACACACAUACAAUGUAUAUAUAUACAAUGUAACAACGUCACAACUACUACAAGGCCAAAUGGAUUAAAGCAUGGCUAGCUUAACGGUAGCUUAACAAACAAAAAAUCCAUUUUUGCGAAUUUCAAAAUAUUUAAAAUUCAAAACAAAAAUGGUAUUUAUAGAUACUACAAUGAUUGCCUACAGACAGGAAAUACAAACAUAUUUUGUGAUUUUUUUUAAGGAACAUUUUAUUUAAAAAAGGUCGUUAAGCUAAGAAGGCCCUGAAAAUCCGGCCCUAAUGUUAUGUGGUUACUUAUAACCAACAUUCGCUGAGCAUUACUUUUAAGCAACUAUUGACGAUUUUCUAAUAGAAAAAAAUGUAUUACCAUUGUGGUGUAUAUACAUGCAGUUUAAAAUACAACACCCGUAAAACGUUUUUAAUUAAGAGGACCAUAUAUCGUUUUUGCAUAUAGGUAUGUUCGAGUUAGCUCCCUUGUUAUAAGAGACAAUUUGUGUGCCUGCUGCCAUAUCAAUAAGGCAUAACUAAGAUAAUUACCGUUUUUGAGA